AUGCAGUCAUCUAAAGACAAUGCCACACAAUUAUUUGCCGAAUUAGACCGAUUGCUCAACCAAGCUGAUUACAAUAAAGCACUCAAACAUAUCGACAAAAUACUUAAACAAAACCCCAACGAUGUCGAUGCUCUACAUUGUAAAGUGAUAACACUGAUUAAACUUGAAAAAUAUCAGAAUGCACUGGACGUUGUAACAAAUCAUUUUGUCGAAGACCAACUAAUUUUCGAACGAGGUUACUGUUUAUAUCGACUGAAUCGAUGGUCUGAAGUAUUGGAGCUUACUACCAAAUUCAAUACCUCUGGAAAGCGUGAAUUGGGUCAUUUAAAGGCGCAGGCGGCAUACAGAUCAGAAGACUUUACAACUUGCCUUGAUUUAUAUAAUGAAUUCGUUAAUGGAACUGACAAGAAUGAUGAUGCUUACAACGACAUUCUGACAAACUUUGUUGCAGCAAAGGCAGCAUUAUUGUUUGCUGAUGGAAAGUUACCCGCAAAGUAUGCAUUGGCAGACGUGACAAAUACAUAUGAACUUGCUUAUAAUUCUGCAUGCGGACAAAUAACAGUGUAUAAUCUGAACAGAGCAGAAAAGCUACUAAACACAGCUAAAAGCCUCUGUCGACAAUCCCUUGCCGAAGAAGAUUACACAGAACAAGAGAUUGAACAAGAACUUUCUACCGUACUUGUCCAAUUAGCCUAUUUAUAUCAACUCAGAGGCAAAGCGGCCGAGGCGACUGAACUCUACCAAUCGGUGCUGAAACAUAGAACGAUAGACAUAACCAUAUCAGCUGUGGCGUCGAAUAACCUGGCCGCUCUUAAAAAGGAUCAAGACGUGUUUGACUCCUCUCGUAAACUUCGAUCCGCAUCAUCAAAAAGCUUGGAAACCAAAUUAUUCAAGAAACAAAGGCGAACAAUUUGCACGAAUGAGGCGUUGAUUCAAUUGUAUAUGCAAAAGUACGCCGCAUCACAAGAAGCUGCACGGAGAAUCUUACAAAUUGACCCGGCUGAUGAUUCGCACUAUAUUCUACUUGCCGCUGUAUCUUAUCGCCAAAAAAAGACUACAAAAGCUAUUCAAGAUUUACAAGAAUUCGCCAAAGAAAAACCAAAAUCGUUGCUUAUACAUUUCGCUCUUGUUCAGUUACAACUUCAACAAUCUAAUGUUACGGCCGCGAUAGCCACGCUCAACACAUAUUUGACGGCUAUAGGGGAAUGCGCAGACAAAUACAGACCGGGCGUUGUUGGACUCUUGGUUUGGUUAUAUGAACAAGCAGGACUGUCUGACAAGUCUAUCGAAGCGCUGGAGAAAGCAGAGAAAUUUUGGAAAGCCAGCGGUCCGACAAACCAAAGUUUAUCAAUCCUUCGACAGACGGCUGCUUUCAAGUUGAAGACUGAGCGAUUCCGAGAAGCGGCCGAGGAUUAUAAACAAUUGAUUAAAGCAAAUCCCAGCGAUUCUCAAGCUAUUGCGGGUUAUAUAAUGGCUCUGGCUAAUUACGACAUAUCUUCUGCCGAAAGUCACGAGAGUAGUCUGCCUCCGUUAGACACAAAGUCUGUUGCAGACAUUGACAAACUUGAGAACGUGGUUCCCGGGGUCAGAAAAGCUUACAAGAAAACCGAUGCUAAAAGUGAUGACGUUUCAAAGACAACAACAAAGAAGAAACAUAAGCGCAAGCCAUUAUUGCCUAAAAACUAUGAUCCCAAUGUUCCUCCAGAUCCUGAACGCUGGCUGCCAAAGAGAGAGAGAUCAACAUUCAGAGGCAAGAGAAAGAAGCAAAUAAACAAAGGAUCUCAAGGUGCCGCCGUGGCGGGCGGAGGCAUCGGGGGAACCGGUAGCGCCAAUAUUUCCGGCAAGAGCGCGACAACAACGGCUGCCGCUGAAACAAGUACUCCUUCAACGCACACAGAGACUGCAAAACCCAAGACUGGAGGAGACAAACAGAAAAAGAAGAAAAAGAAGGGAAAUAAAUGGUGA